AUGCGACCCACGUCGACACGCGACGCCCCGAGACAUUGUUGCUCAGGCCGUCAAAACGUGGGCACAGUCGACGGCGCAGCCUUUGACGCACGCACAUACGCGGUCAGCGUGGCUGCAUUGCCCGCCAUGCAACAGGCGCCGGCCCUGUCGGCCAGACUGGAAUGGUUGAAGACAAGGUGUGCCCAAUCACACCUUGGCCUGCACCACAGCAAGCAUGCAUUGUCGUCAUCAGCUCUGAGCAGACUCGGCAGAUCUGCGCCCUAUCUACCUCAUGGUCGAUCAAUGCCUGAUUGCGAGCUCGGAACACUGCCAGUGGAGAUUGUCGUGUUUCCCAGCCUGCAGGCUGGAGAACAGACGAUGUGCCGCCAUUCCACGUGUGCAACCCCACCUCAAGGCCCUCACGCCCAACGCCUCGCUGGCCUGCCAUGCGAGACAUCCCUCCUUGGCCGUACGCAUCUGCAUCCAUCUGCAUGCCUCUGCAUCCAUCCACCUGCUACUGACUACAUGCCUGCCUGCGUAUUACAUAGGCCCGCACUCGUGCCCGUGGAGGGUCAUCGCCCUGGACCCUUUGUCCUUUCAGCCCCGACUCCUGCUUCUCCUUCUCCGCCGUCGCCUGCCGCUUGCCUCUCGCCCUCGGCAUCGCUCCGACUAAUCACCGACCGCUCGCAGCGCAGCGUCAUCACCACAAGCCUCGGACGCCCUCACGCAUGUGGUGAGUAA